AUGUCUGCAGAGGUAACGGCGAUCAAGAAACGAGGGCGGCCGCCCAAGAAGGCGGUGUCUCCGGUGGACGACAACAAUAUGGUUGUUGAGAUGAACGCCGUGGCGUCCCCCUUGCAGCAGCAAAAGACUCGGAGCAAAUCCAUUGGCGGCGGUAAUAAUGGAGCCAAGAAAUCGUCAAGGUCGACCACCAUCGCAGCGAAGGGCGAUAUUGAGACUGCAGUAAGUGCGAGUAAACCACCAGUACCAUCGACGACAAGGAAGAGAGCUCUGAAGAGUUCUUCUACCGCUGCUGCUGCUGCUGCUGCUGUUUCAGAAGAUAAAGUAUCACCGGCAAUGGCGAGGACGAGGACAGCCAAAGCCGACCCUGUGAAGGAGCCAGAAGUCGUCACAGCGAAAGCGAAAGGAGCUUCCGAGAAGACGGCUUCUCCGAUGAAGGCAGCCACUGCAAAAACGCCGGCUCAACUCAAGAAGCAGCAGAUUACGCAGGAAUCCAAGUCUCCCAUCCCAGCUCGGGAAUCAGAGGGAGCCCAGAAGUCGGAGAUCUUGCAGCAGGCUCGUGCAUUCGCGAAGAGUGCCCACGAGCUGAAUGAGAGAGCUGAACGGUCCGCACAGGAUCGAGAGGACGCGCAAGAAGCUCCGCUUGCGCAGCAAAGUGGUUCAGAGGACAUUGAGACUGUGUCAUCGACCAAACCGCUGCCUUCCGUAAAAGUUACUGACCCUUCAUCGGAACUCAAUAACUGCACCACGUCAGAUAUCGACAUAGCGCUGGAGCAAUCAAAAGCUCAAUACCCGGAUCCCACCACCACUGAAACCGCACAAACGCCAGAUAUGCCCCAAAGGGCCUCAUCACCGUCAUCCCUCCCAAGUCACAUCCUCACAAGCAACCUGCUUUCCAGCACGCCACGACCCAAAUACACGCUCCCAUACAGCACAACCGCCGCACUCGCCUCACGCCAACAGCAGCAACAGGAACAGUCGCAGCUUCAGGCAUGGCAACGACCCGUAAGACCGAGACCAGGAAGGCCCUCACCCCGGAGCUCCAUACGACCUUCAUCUGAGCCCGAGCCGAAGAAACCAACUGAAAUGCAGUACGCCGAGCUCAAGCGCGACCCGCAGUUCCGCAAGCUGAGUUCGCGCUGGACCCGCAUUAUUGUCGCCUUGCCUAUUGCUAUCGUCACGAGUUAUUACCUCUACCAGCGCCGUGAUGAGCAGCUUCUAUAUGAGCAGAGCUUAACGCAACAGCUGCCUGGGGGACUAAGUGGUGCUGGUGCCGGUCAGGCGUCACGUGUUGCGUCGAAUGCAGCAGCGGAUGGGGAUAUUACUGGGGAUAGUGGUACUCAGAAUGAGCGGUAA